GUAUAAAAUUUAUUACAAAUAUAUACAUUACAUUUGAAUACGUAUAAAGUUAGCGCUCAAAAAUAUUUACUUUUUUAUAAGUAAUAAAAUAUUGUUAGAUACAUUUUAUAAACAAUUUAUUCAGUAUUUUAUUUUAUUUACUAAAAAAUGGAAGAACAUAAAAAUAUAUUUUGUAAAUAUAUGAUUUCAGAGAUACCUAAUUUAGCUAUAUAUAUUCCAAAUUUUAUUACACAAGAGGAAGAAGUUGAAAUAAUGAAGUGUAUAAAUAGUGUUCCUUUACCAAAAUGGACUCAGUUAAGUCAUCGAAGAUUGCAAAAUUGGGGUGGUAUUCCACAUCCAAAAGGUAUGAUAGCAGAAGAUAUACCGAUUUGGCUUCAAAAAUAUAUUGAUAAAGUGUCAUCCUGUAAUAUAUUUGAAAAAAAUAAAUUACCUAAUCAUGUUUUAAUUAAUGAAUAUCUAUCUGGUCAAGGAAUAAUGGCACAUUCGGAUGGCCCAUUAUUUCAUCCUAUUGUAACAACUAUUAGUUGUGGCUCUCACACACUUCUAGAUUUUUAUAAACGAAUUAACAAUAUAGAGCAACAUCAACUUAAUUUUGAGUUCAGUCUUUUAUUAGAGCGUCGAAGUUUAUUUAUUCUUCAAGAAGAAUUAUACCAUAAUUAUUUGCAUUCAAUUGCAGAAAGAGACACAGAUAUUAUUUCAAAAUCUGUGAUAAAAAAUUUGGAUAUAUGUGGAGAAAAAUUUCUUGGUGGAGAAACGUUAAAACGUGGGAUUAGAUUAUCCUUAACCAUUAGACAUGUUCCAAAAACCAGUAAAUUAAAAUUAAAAAUUGGAUAACAAAAUGAGUGGCAAAAGACGGAAUGAAAAUAAAGAAUUCUUCAAUUUGCGAAACUAAUUCAGUAAGUUAAGGGCAGUUAGGGUGUCCGAGGAUCAGAGGGGAAAUCCCCUAGUUAUGUUCGGUAACAAAGUCACCCGGUGUUUCAAUAUUGUCGUAAUCGCCGUUAUUAUUGCACUGUCAAUCAUGUGUUUUGUUACGAAUGGUAAAAUAUCGAUCAUUCAAAUUAUUCCAAUAAGAAUAUAUCAUGUGUAAAGAGCAUGAUGAUAUACAACAAUCAUCAUACAUUGACUAUAACUUAUACUUUAAUAUUUAUAAUUUACCAACAACUGUCAAUUAUAUUUAAUUAUAGAUAAAUGAUAAAU